AAGAGUUGAACUCAAUGAUCCUUGUGGGUCCCUUCCGACUCGGCAUAUUCUGUGAUUCUUGGUGUAUCAAUAUUCUGGAGAAGCACAGGACGUGAUCCCUCACACAAGGAAGGGGCCUGGUGAAGACAUCAGCUGCAUUUUGUGGGGGGAAUGGUGGGAGCGUUUUUUGCCCUAACACGUCUGCAGGGAGAUGGAUGCUUUUCCACUCUCACAGCGGCAUUCGAGGGUGUCUAAAAGACUUGGUUUGGUGUUUGGUCAUCUGCACUGGGCUGCAGGAAGAGGCCCUGGGUGUGUGUGCACAGGCGAACAGUGGCUCUGCUCCAUGGGUGGGGAAGGGUGGCAGGAAUACACAUACAUGUACAUGGUAUGGGAAGAGUUCAGGACAGACUAUCCUGUAUGCCACACAGCCAAGCAAGUGGGAAGAUGACAUUGCCCUCAACACAUGGGCAUACGCAGAGUGUAGACACUGGUGUAGCCUGGAGUAUUCCAGGCUCUUUGCUUUUAUAACACGGUGUUUCAGAGGUGUGAAUGUAGAAUAUACAGCUGGUGUCAUUUGUUUGUGAAACAGUGAUCGAGGGGUGUCUCAUGUUCUGAGGACUGCUAACAAAUUGUAGCUGCUAGGCUGCUGUAAAGUCUGGCCCAGAAUUUCCCAGUCUUAAAAAGUCCUUGAAUCUGUAAUAAUCUAAAAGCUUUAGGAUGGGAUGUAGAAGAGCAGUAGACCAAAACACGUGGGGAUUAAUUAUUUCAAGCAGUCCUUAAUGGAAGACUGUUUUGGUUCUUGUCCUUUCUACUAAAAAUUGCUAGUCCCUGCAAGGCAGAAGAGGUAUACCUUGGAGCAGGAGGAUCCCCCAGCUAGAGAGUUCUGUGUAGGUGAAACUCAGUAUGUCAUCAAACACUAGAAUCUAAGAGGCAACUGUUAGUGAUUAAUUAUUUCAAAUAGUUCUGGUGAACAGUUCUGAAAAGAGAUGAUUUGCCUACAAAAGCUGAUAAUAAAUUCUAAAAUCACAGUGGUAACAAAAUUUUGUAGCUAGGGCAUCACAGCUCUGCUUGAAGGAAUUUCCUGUUAAUGGCUGAAGGGACUUGGCCAUUACUUGUUGACAGUGAAUACUGUCUGAGAAUACAAAAUUAUUUUUGCAUUUAGGCUCAGAAAAAAUUAUUCUCAGGAUAUAAAAAUGCCUUUUGUUAAAACUUGAUGUAGCAAUACAUCACAUGUUUCUUUAGAAAACAUCCAUGUUAUCCUGGCAAACAAUAAAACACUUUAAUUAGUGGUAAAUUUCCACAUGCAGUUGACACUUACAUUGCAUUGUUACCUACCUGUUGCUAAGGUAAAUAUUUUGGUUCUUCAGAUAAGCAGGUGUUUAAAAUUGACAGCAAUAGAAAACCCAUCUGUACCAAGACCAGUGCAUGGCUCACUUGGCAGCUUUUUAAACUAUUGUGUUACAGAGUUUUAAGGCAGUACUGGAAAUAAUUCUGCUUUGAGCUUACUAAAACAUAAUGUUAACAGAAGUUUAAAUUGACAAAUAACAGGAAUUGCCUUUAAUUCUAGUCAAUUCAGACAGAUUUGGAGUGUCUCCACGUCUACCUCUAAAAUUAUUUCGAGAGAUCAUUAUUACAGCCAAAUACCAACUGUAAUUAAAUGUGGUCUGCAUGGCUGGAAAGAUGUGUGGUCUAGUGAUUCAGUUCUGUUGGAUCUGUAGGUAUGGUGAAACAUGAGAUUUUAUUUUUUCACAACUUACAGACCUACUAUUUUAGGAGAUGGUAUCUUCUGUGUCUGGAUGGAAGGUUUUUAGAAUUUUAGACAAUGCUUGAAGAGAAGGAGGACAGAAAACUAUUCUGCUUCUUAAAAGCCUGUUUUGCAUAAAUGAAAAGAAGCUGCUUUGUCAGAGGGCUCGUGGUGAUCCUAGCUCAUACAGGAGGUGUACUUCAAGAAUCUUUCAAAACAGAAACAAAAGGAAGUCAUGGAGAAGAAUGGAAACAACCACAAACUUCGUGUUUGUGUUGCUACUUGCAACCGUGCUGAUUAUUCGAAAUUAGCUCCCAUUAUGUUUGGCAUUAAGGCAGAACCACAGUUUUUUGAGCUUGAUGUCGUAGUACUUGGUUCCCACCUGAUUGAUGAUUAUGGUAAUACCUAUCGUAUGAUUGAACAAGAUGACUUUGAUAUUCAUACAAGACUACACACCAUCGUGAGAGGGGAGGAUGAGGCAGCUAUGGUGGAGUCGGUGGGCCUUGCAUUAGUCAAGUUACCUGAUGUCCUCAACCGCCUGAAACCUGACAUUAUGAUAGUUCAUGGGGACAGAUUUGAUGCUUUGGCCCUGGCCACGUCGGCAGCCCUGAUGAACAUUCGCAUUCUUCACAUUGAAGGUGGGGAAGUCAGUGGGACCAUUGAUGACUCCAUCAGACAUGCCAUAACCAAACUGGCCCAUUACCACGUGUGCUGCACAAGGAGUGCAGAGCAGCACUUGAUAGCCAUGUGUGAAGACCACGACCGCAUCCUUUUAGCAGGCUGUCCCUCAUAUGACAAGCUCCUCUCUGCCAAAAACAAGGACUACAUGAGUAUUAUUCGCAUGUGGCUAGGUGAAGAUGUCAAAACCAGAGAUUAUAUAGUUGCUCUGCAACAUCCUGUAACCACAGAUAUUAAACAUUCCAUAAAGAUGUUUGAGCUGACACUAGAUGCACUCAUCUCCUUCAACAAGAGAACACUUGUUCUAUUCCCUAAUGUGGAUGCAGGAAGCAAAGAGAUGGUUCGUGUGAUGAGGAAGAAGGGCAUUGAACAUCAUCCCAAUUUUCGGGCAGUAAAGCAUGUGCCAUUUGACCAGUUCAUUCAGCUAGUUGCUCAUGCUGGUUGUAUGAUUGGUAACAGCAGCUGUGGUGUCAGAGAGGUGGGAGCGUUUGGUACACCUGUCAUCAACCUGGGGACACGUCAGACGGGAAGAGAAACGGGUGAAAAUGUUCUUCAUGUUCGUGAUGCUGAUACACAGGAUAAGAUUCUUCACGCUCUCCAGCUGCAGUUUGGGAAGCAAUAUCCAUGCUCAAAAAUAUAUGGAGAUGGUAAUGCUGUUCCAAGGAUUUUGAAGUUCCUUAAAUCUAUUGACCUCAAAGAACCAUUGCAAAAGAAAUUCUGUUUUCCUCCUGUCAAAGAUAAUAUCUCUCAAGAUAUUGACCAUAUUCUAGAGACACAGAGUGCUCUGGCUGUGGAUCUAGGUGGAACAAAUCUCCGAGUAGCAAUUGUCAGUAUGAAGGGUGAAAUAGUUAAGAAGUACACCCAGCUCAACCCUAAAACCUAUGAAGACAGACUAGCAUUAAUUCUAAAGAUGUGUGUAGAGGCUGCAUCAGAGGCAGUAAAUGUAAACUGCAGAAUUUUGGGAGUAGGUAUUUCCACAGGUGGACGGGUAAACCCUCGAGAAGGAAUUGUGCUUCACUCUACAAAACUCAUUCAGGAGUGGAGCUCUGUGGAUCUCAGGACCCCUAUAUCUGAUGCUUUGCACCUGCCAGUCUGGGUCGACAAUGAUGGAAACUGUGCUGCUCUAGCAGAGAGGAAAUUUGGUCAUGGAAAAGGAAUAGAAAAUUUUGUAACCCUGAUUACUGGUACAGGAAUUGGAGGUGGAAUCGUUCAUCAACAUGAACUGAUCCAUGGCAGUUCUUUCUGUGCUGCUGAGCUUGGACACAUUGUCGUAUCCUUAGAUGGACCAGAGUGCCUGUGUGGCAGCCAAGGAUGUAUAGAAGCAUAUGCCUCAGGAAUAGCAUUACAGAGAGAAGCUAAGAAGCUGCAUGAUGAUGAUCUGCUUUUAGUAGAAGGAAUGUCAAUGAAGGAGGAGGAGAUUGUUAGUGCUGCACACCUUAUUCAGGCAGCUAAACUUGGCAAUACAAAAGCAGAGAGCAUUCUCAGAACAGCUGGGACUGCAUUAGGCCUUGGCAUUGUGAACAUUCUACACACCGUGAACCCCUCUCUUGUGAUCCUUUCUGGAGUUCUAGCUAACCACUAUGUUAAUGCUGUCAAAGAUGUGAUAAAUCGACAGGCUCUGUCCUCUGUUAAAACUGUGGAUGUGGUGGUCUCAAAUCUAGCAGAUCCUGCUCUCCUUGGAGCUGCUAGCCUGGUACUGGAUUAUACCACACGUAGAAUAUACUAGAAGAAUUAUAGAAGAGUUAGAGGAUUGGACUAUUCAAAUUCCUAAUGGGUGGAGGGAAUACUUUGCCCCAGCUUCUUCUUUGAUGAGAGCAGCUAAGGAAUCAGAGUAGUGUUCUGAGUAAUUAGUGACUACUUCAGCAUUUCCUAAUUGAGGUAUUAUCUUUUUGUAUUUUUCCUAAAUUUCAGCUGACUUCAUUGGAAGUAAUGUGCAAUUCUGGUUUUUUAAGCACCUCUGUUGGUAAGCCUAUACCUUACUUUUUGAGUGUAACUGAAUUAUUUAUGAGCAUCUCUUGAUGAAUGGGGAUAAUGUGUAUGGUGUAUAAAAUUAUAACUAGCACUUGGGGAUCCAUAUCUCAUUUCCCACCUGUGUGAAAUGAGACGUUUACCAGCUUUUCAGUUCCAGGAUUCCACCCACAAAGUAAAUAUGAUGUAAUCACCAGUAGCAGGUAGUAAUUCCAGUGGGUGGAAACAAGGGCCUCUACAAUAAAAAAAGGCUACACCUAGAAAUUCCUUUUUGUGAAGGACUUGGUAUAGGCAACCAAGUUUAUUUAUUAUAUUAUCUCUAAAGGGCAGAGUCCCAUUUUAGAAGCUUUUGCAUAUGAAGGAAAAAAUCUACAGUCUAGUGAGCUUACAACCUGCAGAGAAGUCCAAACAAGGUGAUAAGUACAGCAGUGAGCAUCUUUGUCUUCUGGCCAUGGCCAAUAGUAACAUGUUUGCAUUUUAGUCUUGGGGGAUUUCUCAAGGGACUUAACCUACUACUCUAGGGGAGGGGGAACUGCUUAUUCUUUGGUAGCCAGUUAGCUGAAAUUCAGCCAUGUGGCACAUCUGAUCAUAAAGAAUCUACCUUUCACUGCAGGGUGACACGGUGCACCCCCUCAGCCAUUCGGGUGGCUGCAUGUGCACUGUUCUUGUCCUGCUUUCACCAUCAGCUUUUCAUCUGACCCUUAUCCCCUCACCUUCAGGGCAUUCCACGGCCUAGAAGGGGAAGGUAUGUCAAAUACCAGUGAAGGCUUGCCUAGGGAAGCUGUGGUUUGUAUUUCUUAAAUGAGUUCUUGAUAUAUAGUCCUGUCUUUAUCCAGCUGCUUUUUUAGCAUACUUUCAAGAUGCUGGAAAAAUUGAAAAACCAACCCAUCUAUCAGCUAAUCCAGAAAGAUAGCUCUGGAGGAACAGUCGCAAGACUAUCCUGUCCUGAACUUAGUGACCUAUUUUGACAUUUAACUCAACCCUGAUAUUCUCAGAAGUCCAGUAAUGUGUUAGUACAGGGGAAUAAAAGGGCUAUUUCCACUCUGCUCCAAUCAAAAUGAAACAAUCUUCUGCAAUCACUGCCCUCUGCUAUACAAUGAACUUCUGAAUAGCUCUUAGUACACUCAGUAAUUCUGUAAAAUCCAUAUAUAAUCUAUACAGAUUGUCCUUUACUUCACCCUCUCUUCCACAAGGAAUGUUAACUGAUAACUCACAUCUUCAGAGCAGAUUUCAGAACCAACACCAAAUCUCCUUCCUGCUGUCUCCAGGAAAAAUCAUGCAGCCUCUAUACCAUAGUUUCUCAGACUUGGCAAAUACUGGUUCUUAAUUGUUUGCCAAGUUGUACUAGGCUUUAUGUAAUCUAGGAGUUUUAGUUCCUUUUCCUACAUGUCUUGGUUUACUGGAUGAUUGCCAUUACCUUCAAUACCAGAGCAUUAGCUCUAUGAGCAAGCAGGUCAAGGAGAAACUGGCAUUUCUCUACAGUGAUAGCAGCUCAGAUCAGGAGCAUUAAGGUUCCGACAGUGACGAGGCCUGUCAUUUGAUCUUUCCAUCCUCUAGCAUCACAACGAAUGCCUGGCUGGCAUGCCUGGCUAAAAGUGGGACCAGGCUUUUGCUUUCCAGACCCUCUGAAGCUCUGUAUUUUUGGUAUCUCAGAUUCCAAAUGUUUUUCCCUAGCAGCUGAAGGAAGGGUGCAGGCACAGAAAAAACAUGACAGACUAAAACACAUUUGAAAAGUUUUACACCUUUAACGUCUAGUCAUGUUAUGAAAAUGAUUCUUUAAAUGCUUUUGAAAAUGCUUUUUUCUGUCAACUGGCCAAGAACCUGCUGCAUAUGUACAAGUGGUUUAUAAAAUCAGAAAGAAUAAAAAAUCAUAUUUAAUAGCAUAAUA